AUGGCGCGGGCGGCGGCGGGCGGGCUGCGGCUGCGGCGGCCGCCGCUGGGGCCGGGGCUGGGGCCGCUGCUGCGGCUGGGGCUGCUGGGCGGCCUCCUGCUGCGGGGCGGCGGGGCGCCGGCGGCGGCGGCGGGGGGGGCCGAGCCGUGCCAGGCACCGCGGCAGUGGGAAGGGCGCACCGUGUCCUACGAGCACGGCACGGGCCGCAACACGCGGGCCGCCGUCUCCUACGACGGCCCCAACCAGCGCCUCCGCAUCCUGGAGGAGAGGAAGGCGCUCAUCCCCUGCAAGAAAUUCUUUGAGUAUAUAUUGCUCUACAAAGAUGCAGUGAUGUUUCAGAUUGAACAAGUUACAAAGCUUUGCUCGAAGAUUGCUCUGACAGAGCCAUGGGAUCCAUAUGAUAUUCCUGCCAAUUCAACUUAUGAAGAUCAGUACUACAUUGGGGGACCUGGAGAUGAAAUUAUGGUACAGGAAUGGUCUGACAGAAAACCAGCCAGGAAAUUGGAAUCCUGGGUCGGCGUUUACACAGUCAAAGACUGUUACCCAGUACAGGAAACCUAUACGAAGAACUACAGCGUGACAACCUCCACUCGCUUUUUUGAUCUACAGCUGGGCAUUGCCGACCCCUCAGUGUUUACCCCACCCAGCACUUGCCAGACAGCCCAGCUGAGGAAGAUGAAAGAUGAAUGCUGAUUAUGGACACUGGCUGCCCCGGGCAAACAAAUAUUAGCCAAGAGGAUGGUUAUUAAUAGUCAGCUGCUGACGUCUAACCCGAUUUUUCAAGCUUAUUGUUGCUCUUUUGGGAAUUGUAAGUUUUCACUUGAAAGAGAACAUAAACAUGUAACUGAGUAAAGUAUGUAACACAAAAGAUCUCUUUCAUCACAUGAAUCUGUUCAGUGAUGCACUUGCCGUAUUAUAUAGUUACCACUAAGAUAGUAUUUAUAGAUAAUAUUUAUUUAAGCUGUGGCUGAUUUUCCUUUUGCAAAGGUUUCGUUAUUUAUUUUUUGAAGAAGACGAAGCAUAAGCAGACUGCAAUAAUGGUAACAUCUAGAAGGAAAAGCUAGGUUUUGUUGUUGUUACUUCUGGGGACUUGAGGAAAGGGGAAAUAUGUCCUGGGUAAGACCUCAUCCCUAACCGAAAAAUACCCCAUUUUAAACAAUGUACAUCAAAAGUAUGGAAAUUUGUUCUCUUGGUUUUGUUUUGCUUUCUGUUUUUUUCUUUCUGCCCUUCAGGAAGCUAGUAGUCUAAUGUUAGAGCUGAUUUUUUUCUUUCUGAAAAGAAACUGGAGUAGCUCUAUUCAUGUAAUGCUAGCUGACAUGCAAAAAAUACUUUUCUGUUUCUUGGGAGAAUGGCGUGAAAGGAAGGGAAGGAGGGAGAGGUACACCCCCAAAAAAGUAAGCCAAAGUUUUCUUACAUUUGCUACACUUUUGGUGAAGUGUUCCAGUAGGGUGCAAUGAGACAUUUUUCAGUCAUAUUUUACUUUAGCACCCAGUUUUCAAGGCAAUACUAGUUUUAACCUAUGCAAAGAGAUUAAGAGGUACUGCACUCUAAAUGGCUUUAAUAUUUUGUAACUAUUUUCAAAAGUCCUUACUCAGAGAGUAUGGAAACACCUUUAUAAUUCCAGGUAGAACUGAAAAAAAGACAUUCUUAGUGCGCAAUUAGUAAAGGCUAAAUCAGCAUUCACACAGUGCCUGGUGAUCUGGAUGGAGUGAAAGGCAGAGCUGUGUCACCAGUGUGUGGAGGUGGGAGGAGGAAUGGGAGGGAGAGGGAGAGGUUUUAGAUGUCCUCUGUGCAGUGUGGCUGCAAGGCACUGCAAUCUAAGCAGAAAUGACAAUCUUGCUUUCUUUUGCAUCCAUUGAUGCCUGCCUUUUUUGCUGUUCCAUCAGCAUCUCAAACCUUACUAUCUCCACAUCCUUUUCUGGUGGGCAGAGUACAAGUUUCCUUAAGGGGAAUAACUAACUAACCAAAAAAGCGCAGGAAGUGCACAUAUUUUACUCUAGAAAAUCCAAACCAAAUCUUAAUGCACCUUCAGGCCCUCAGAAGUGUGGAAUGGUGAUGGGUUUUGCGCUUUUACCAAACGAAAUUAAUUGGCUUAUUCUGUAAGUCUACGCAUGCGUUUUAUUUAUUAUUUGCAAAUAUGUUUAAAGCCAGAUUCUUGUCCUCUUACAUGUGUUGGGUAGUUGUUUGCUCCAGAAGUUGUCUGGCUGAAAACAGUGCAACACUUGGAAUUUUGGUGUCUCUGGAGGAGAGAUGCUGGGCAGGCUUUUAGUGCUUUAUAUGCUCAUAGCUUUUUGUACAUAAGCAAGUGGUACAGUGGUUAUUUUGCUUUCACGGUUGCGGUCAGAAUGGCAUUUUACUUUACCUUCUGCCUAAUGAAAGCAUAUACACAUACCUGCUAAAAUGUAGGUAGUUCAUUAAAAAUUUUCUCUCGAACAUGACCACUUCACUGAAACAUGCUAGUGGAAAGAAGGAUUGGGUUUCCUUGAAUUUAGAGUGCAUUUAGUCUGUACUUGCCUUCUGUAUUUUUUGUGACAACCUAAAUGCUAACUGCAUAUUGUUCUCAUUAGGGCAAUGAUUAACAUGCAUUUCUUAAUAUCUGUGUCUUGUUAGAAUCUGGAAAAUAUAAUAAAUCUGGCUAGCAAACAUGAAGCUGUGGUACUGUAUCGUUUGGGAUGACUUUGUUGUGGUAGAGCAGAUAGCUGAGUAAUCAGGGUGUUUGUAUUAUGUUUUGCUGGCAGUGAUAUAAUUUCUAGCAAUAACAUUAAAUGUUCCUUUAAAUAUGAAUUUGCAAAAGUCUGGUACACAGAAGUGCUUUAAAAAUGUUGCCAUGACAUACAGGGCAAUUUUAUAUGGCUAAAUAUGUACCUCUAAAACAAUGCUGUUGUCUUCAUAUUUAUGCUCUGCAAAUUCAAUAAAGAGAGUCGUCAAAGAGAUGUCAAACAACAAAUUUUUGGAUUGCGUGUUUUAAAUUAGCCACGAACCAAAUAUGAAGCACAAAAUGCGUAUGCCCAGUUUGUUAUCUUUGUUAUCAUUUGCUGCGGUUUGUUAUCAUGUACCACAAGAGACAUUUUGUCUUUAUGCGACUAUGCCGAUGACUCAACAAGAAUGAGCAUAAAAGGACUUUAAAGUAGCUGUAUAGUGUGCUCCCACAGUAAA